CAAGGAGAGGAGACAUUUCUGCGUCUUGCAGAUGGAGAGCCACAUCUCUCUGGUCUACAGGGGGGUAUUGAUACAGAUGCUCCAAGCAUGUCUUCAGUUUCUCAGACAGUUGACCCUGCAGGUGACCACCUCGAACAAGGUUCAGAAGAACAGAGUUUGACAGAUACGCCUACCAUUAGUACGGUUACCUCAGUUGAGAAAGUUCCAACAGUUCAAGUGAAUCAUGGAGUGAAACGAAAAGGAAAGACAGAUGCAGGAGAAGGCAAAAGUAGAAGAUAUGAGGACCUAGAGGAGAAGAACUUGUUAUUAGACAACAAAAGACUGGAGGAGGAAUUACACAGAGUUCAAGAGGAGAGAGAAGUUCUGACAUUAAAGAAAGAGGUCUUGUUGUUAAAGAAACAGAAACUUUUAGGAGAGAUCCAAACUCUAUAUCCCAGUUUUCUAGCCGAGUUGUAAUUAUCUUUG